AUGGAUGCAAUUUUGAACUGCAGACUGGAGGACAUGGAAGAUUUUUACAGCUUGCUAGGCUGUGAUGAAUUGUCUACAGUAAGACUAGUUAAUUAUGAUUUUACUAUUCUCCUCCUUAGUUCAUUACAAUUUUUUAAAAAAAUGUUCUUUCUUUGUUAAUUGGUUUGAUUUGGUGUAUAUGUGCUGUUUCUGUUCUUCCCUAAAUUCCCCAUGUUUUCUGUACAUAUUUUUAGCAGUUGAUCUGUUUUUCUCCCCCAGUUCAGUUUUUUUGACCUAUGCAACAUUAAGCUGUUGAACACAAUUAACUGUUCACACAGCUUUGUUUCAAUAGAAUAGUUUGAAUUUUUUCAUUUUGCAGUGAAGAAAUACAAUUAUCGGAACAGCACUUGAAUAACCUUUUAAUUGGUAUAUACCUAAGGAAUUCUCUGCAUUCUCUAGUUGUCCUGUGUUAACUUAAAUAGUCCAGUUAAUAUCCAAAGCCUCAGUAGAUUGUUUGAGGUUACAAUGGCACAGAAUGUAGUUACAGUUGUUCUGUUUAAAAAGAUCUAUGUUGAUGUAAUCCUUGCUGACUUUGAAAAGAUAAUAUGCCUUCUCACAGUAAAUAAAAAGUUACCGUGAGUGUGCACAUUUUGGGCUUGUGGAUUUCACUUGCAUUUUACUAGAACUUAGAGAUCCACCAAGCAAAGUGAGGUGAAAAAAGCACAGACUAAAAGAAUGCUGAGCGCAGAAAUUUGCUUUGAGUACCAGAGAGGAAUGGAACUGUUUCAGGCAAAAAUCCACUCUCAGUUACCACAAACUUUCUUCACCUCAGUAGUUGAAGAAGGAAGAGGGGAGAUAAUUUUAUUGCUGCUAUUGUUAAACAAGUUGAGAGUUGCAAAUCCUUUCUGAUCUGCAAACCACCAAGAGAUCUACCAGUAGAUUCAGAUCUGCCUUCUGCCCACCCGCUAAAGGUUUGCUGAGAUGGCUUCCAGCAAGGGGCCACUAGAUUUUGCCUGCAUGAAAAGUCAGCGUGGUUGAUUUUUGUAAUGAAAAGCUGUGUCAAUGGGAUAGUCAUUUUGAACCACAACAAGUGGGUAGCAUCCUAAGUGAAGUAAACAGAAAUAACAUUUUAUGAAAAAGCUGCCUGCUGGCUUUGAAAGCUGAUCCACUGCACAAAAGUGAUUUAUGUUAGGGAGACAGAGAUGUUUCACAUUACAAACCAUGAGCAGUAGACACAAGAGAUUGCUGACAGCCAUGGUAUUGUGUGAGUCUGCAAUUUUCAACAGAACCUAUGUAUGUUUUAGAAUUAAAUAAAAAUCUAGAUAUAUGGAAAAUGUUUUGCACUCAAACAGCUUUGGGAUUAAUUUACCAUAUUUACACAUAUAGUGGACUGCUCCCAUAUACCCCAACGUUGGUGGAGACUAUUUCCAAGGAAAUCUGACCUUGACUUCCAUGGAUCUUCUGUGGAAUAAAUGGUGCAUGAACACAUGCAUAGACUAUUUUGCUGUGUACUGAGGCUCUAGUGUCAACCUAUAGCAAAAGAAGAGUUGCUUGACACAGGUAUUUGUAAGGGGAAACAAAUAUAUUCCCAUAUGCACUGCUGCCUGUAUCAGGUAAAGAUGGUGUAAGUGGCUGUUUCACUGUGAAUACCAAUUGCCAGUUUAGUAAAUCUUACAUUCAGUAAAAUGGAUAAUACAAAUCCAUGAGUUUUACACAUGGUGCCACAUACGUACUUGUGUAAGAAACAAGUCCAUAGGUAUAUUUUUCGUAAGAAAACAAGUUCCAUCCAUUCUUCAAUUGUUUGUCUAGGUUGAACAAAUUAUUUCAGAAUUUAAGGUUCGAGCCCUCGAAUGUCAUCCUGACAAGCAUCCUGGAAACCCUCGAGCUGGUAUGUGUUUUUUCCUUUUCUCUCUCAAAAUGAAACAGGUGACGUUACACAGAACAGUGGAUUCAGGAUUUUGAGAGCCGUUGGCCAAACAUACCCUAGCCCUAACCCUGACAAAGGAGUGGGGCAUAAAUCAAAAAUUCCAAAACAUGCUCCCUUUCCUGCCUUCUUGUGAAAGGUGAGACUGGUAAGCCUGCUGUGGAAGUUCACCCUCAGGCUCUACAAAUAUCUGGGCCAUAGCAAAUGCCCAGCCUUGUCACUUGCUGGCACUGGCUACGAGAGAAGAAGGCACAAGUAUCCUCAAUUUCCUGCCUUAUACUUUGCCCUAUUUAUAUAUAUGCAGCACACUUUGUUUUAUUUUUAUUUGUGUGGCACACUUCCUUUUCAGCAGCAAGUUGAACUAUAUUGCCCUAAUGCUUAUACAAACAUUGAUUCUGGAGGAAAAUCAUAGCUACUCUAUUCUUUAGUGCAGUUGUUUGGCAACGUAGGUUUAAUAGGGUGGCUUACAAAAUCAAAUGCUUCACUUCCCUUUUUUGAAACAAAUCACAGCCCAGCUUUCUUUCUCCAAAUGAUCUACAGCUAAAGAAAACCAUUAAGCAAACAGAUGCGGCUUUAUGAAGUUGCAACCCUGUUAACAUGUGCACUUAUGUUUUGAACAAGAAAUAGUUAUAAGAGACUAUGCAAACUCAGGGUGUUUAAUAUUGUAUAGAUUUAUUUGCAUUUCAAUAAUUUUUUACACAUUUUAGGUUUUAUCCAAUGUUAAUCCUACACAUAGUGGACCCAUUGAAGUUGUAGGUGUGACUCAUUUAGAUUCAUUAAUUCCAAGGGGUCUAAGCUCAGUAGGACUUAGUUGGAUAUAACCCUUUGUUUUAAAUAUUAAAAUUAUAUUUGGCAGUGCAUUGUUUCUGGACCUGUGCAGAGUAAUAACUUGGGAAUAACUAAAAUGUGGAAAGGGGGUAAUGGGAUUGUGUUUGUGUUAAAUGUGGUUAACCCCUUUCAUGCCCACUGUUUAUCCACACCAAAUUGUCCCCAAGUGAAACAUAUUUUGAACCUCAUGGAGGAAAUGUUGCCAUAAGGGACAUUUUGGAGUAAAAAUAAGGUAGAGUACCCGCCUUCCCACUUAAUCACUCAAAAUCUCUUUCCAAAGAGAUUUUCUAAAAUGGUGUUGGGUCACUGCUAACACACAUUUCCAUGUAAUAUGUAGUUAAAAAAUCAGGGGCAAAUGACAAAAUUGUAUAUUAUGCAAAUAAGAAUGAGGAGUAGUAGGUUUUCCACAUACAAAAAAAAAUCAUGUUUAUGGGUCUAGUGAAUGUAUAUUUAUUUUUCAUAUGAUUUACGUCAUGACUAGAUGUUAAAAUACUAACUGCCUUGUCCCUUUUAUCUAAAUUGCUUCCUGUAGAAGAAUUAUCAGCUUGCCAAUCAGGGGUGGGGGAGAAACAUAACUGGAAAACUAAACUGUAUGACGUUUUGUUUGUGUUUGCCAGUCCCUGUUAGCAUUUUAAUUCAGUGCCUUUCAAAAGAUCUAUCUAGUAUAGUAAACUGGCAUAAAUGAAUAUAAUAAUAACGAUCAUAUAAUAGAAAGGUGACUCAUAGAUAAAAUAUAAAUCUCCAUAACCUUUACACAGAUGGUUACUAAGGAUGCGGACUUGUGUUUCUAUUAUAGUAUGGAAACUUUUAUAUCCACUGGAAAAAAUGAGAUCACCCUAAUACGAUCGGGAAGUUUUUGUUUUGUAGUAGACCUAAUAUGUGCAUAUCACUGCUCCCAUGAUGCUCUUGGAACUAUUUGUUCUGUUUCACUUGUAUAUACCUGGUUGCCUUUGAUGACUAAUUCUUUUUUAGUCAUCGCGAUUGCAUUUGAAAUAUUCAAAAUCAAACUAAGGGUUCCUCCAGGUGACCUAUUUAUUGGGUAUUCAUCCUGAUUUGCUUGCGCAAUGCUUUUGUGGAGGGUUAGACUAUAUUUAUUGAGCAUUUGUUCUGAUUUGCUUUUGGGGUGUUUGAACACUUUCCUAUAAUCAUUCCACACCUGUCAAUAUAUGUCUCCUGUCACUUCCCAAACUGCAAUAAGUCUGAUUUUUUAAAAAAAGAAUAAGUGAAUUUGUCAUGCUAAGGAGACAGCGUGCUUUAAUAAUUUUUAACUGUACAGUACAAACCUACAUUUUUAUAAUGCACUUGAAUCCCUUCUGCAAAAUAUUGACAGUGGAUAUAUCUUUCACACUGGGUGAUCUCCAACAAAGGAUUAUUGUUAUUAUUAUUGCAAUUAAUUUAUUUAUUGCCUUCUAAAUCCCUGACUGAAAGUCAUUUACACAUAAAAUAAUUAAAAGCAGAAAAAGCAACACAUACAUUUCAGUAAAAUUUUCAUAAAAUUUUCUUCUGUCUCUGAUUUGUAGUAGAGAAUUUUCAGAAGCUACAGCAAGCUAAAGAAAUCCUUACCAAUGAAGAGAGCCGAUCUCGCUAUGAUUACUGGAGGAGAAGCAAGAUUACCAUCCCGUUCCAGCAGUGGGAGGCUCUGAGCAACUCAGUCAAAACUGUUAGUUUUGGUUUAUGCAUCUAUAAUUAUUGGGGAAUAGAAAGAAAGAGGCCAUUCUGUGGGUGGGGAAGUUCUCUGCUAGCUAGCAUUGUUCAGCAAGGGGAAUGGGAAUCAGUGCGGAUACCAUUCAUCCUUGAGCAAGCAUGUGUAGCUGUUUUACAACUCACAAAUGCCACUGAUUUGUUUGUUUUUUGUCUAGUCAAUGCACUGGGCUGUCAGAGGCAAAAAAGAGCCAAUGCUGGAAGCUCCCGAUUUAAAUCUUAAUGAUAAGAUGGCUGACAAUUUCCCCCAGAAAUCUGAAAACAACAAUCAUGAACUGUUGGAUGACCAAAAGGGGCUAGAAGACUUUGACCCCACUACUGGGAAGCUGCUGUCACCAAAGAGCCCUGAUUCCCCAGGUAAAUAGUUUGCGGUACCAGUGCUAGACACAGAAAAAAAUCCAGAUAAUUGGGGCUGGCACCAGAUAAGUGAAAUAUGCAGCCUUCUUUUAUUCUCAGGAGUGGGGUUUGUCCUCAUGUGGGUUUGCAUGAAUAUCAGGUAUACUUCUUGGUGUACCUGACCCCUUCAAGCUGCAUGGCACCUGUGCACAGCUCAUUUGAAUCUCCUACAUAGCACACCCAAGAAAUUGUAGGGUGUUCAGAUGGUGUAGUCCAUAUAGGGCAUCAUGCUGCACAUGUCUUUCUGAGUGCUGCGCUUCAUACCUCUCAUGUUUCAGCUGGGGCUAGUUCACAUGUGCAUGAGUGUCCCUUGAAGACUGCAGGAUCCAGUGCUAACGUCGUGUGUGAGUGUGAGAUUGCAGGUCAAACAUCACAGAUGGAGCUUCCCUAUCAUCUCAAACACAGUGUAGCAGGCCACACAUUCAGAUGGAAUUUUCAGAUGAUUUUGAAGAAGAGCAGAAUAGCUUUCGUUAACAGUACAGUAACAAAUGCUGAGAAAUCAAGUGAUGUGCAUGCGUGGAUGAACUAGGUGCAGAAUAAGAAGGGCAGGAAACUUCCUCAAACCUUUCUCUCUGAAGGACAGCUGGUGGGAGAGAUAAAGUACCAUAAAGAUUGGGGAUACUAAUCCUAGGGAGAGUGGGAGCCAGUGCUGCUGAUUUAUUGGCCCAAAAUAUAUGUACAGUGGUGCCCCGCAAGACGAAUGCCUCGCAAGACGGAAAACCCGCUAGAUGAAAGGGUUUUCCGUUUUUGAGUUGCUUCGCAGGACGAAUUUCCCUAUGGGCUUGCUUCGCAAGACGAAAAUGUCUUGCGAGUCUUGAGAUUCUUUUUCCGCUCCCCCCCCUUUUUCUAAGCCGCUAAGCCGCUAAGCCUUUAAUAGCCGCUAAACCGCUAAUAGCGCUAAUCUGCUAAGCCGCUAAUAGGGUUGCUUCGCAAGACGAAAAAACCGCUAGACGAAGACACUCGCGGAACGGAUUGAUUUCGUCUUGCGAGGCACCACUGUAUGGACAAAGAAACCCAACAAUUUGGCAAGCGUUGCUCCUUAAACCUCAAAGUGGCUUUACUAUGCAGGUUCUCUUUGGGAUACAUUGUGAUGCUGGUUUCUUAUUAUUGUGUGUGUGCGUAUGGUACUUAGACAACCCAGGACUAGGUUUAGUUGUGUGCACAGCUUGAAUGCACCCCCCUCCACCAAGUUACCUAAGCUUCAUCUACAGUUUUUGGCCUUUCCUAAAUGAAUGGAUAAGCAAGGAGUUGGUGGUUUUUGUAUUAAAGGAGUUUUACUUUAUAAACCCAAAGUACCAUUUCCUCUCUACUAGCUGAUUCUUCUUUCUCUCUCUCUCUCUCUCUCAAUUUCCCCCACCCCCUUACAGGAUUUUCCGAUCCAAACUGUUGGCAUUUGCGCUUUCGCUGGUCUGGUGACACCCCAUCUGAACUCUUGCGGAAGUUUAGAAACUAUGAAAUAUGA